UAGUCAUGGCUGACUUGACCUGAAUAAGGAGGCUGAUAUUCCUGCAGGUGAAGGAGUGUUUAUGCCAGAUAAACUUGUUUAGGUCUCGUCAGGAUCCCCUUUAAACAGCAUUUCUCUGCCAACCAAACCUUGGAACGCUGUGUUUCAAAUGAACUUUCCAGAUAGCUUGUAUAAAAAUGAGUCUAUAGCAGCUGUAGACUCACAUUUACAAUAUUGUAGCCUAGCUUAAAAAGUCAGCUGAAGUGAAAUAGUUGGAGAUUGUUUUUUUUUUUUUUUAGCUUUCUUUAGCCGAGUUUGGAUUUAAUAAGCGGGGUUUUGUUGCUUCCGCAUGUCGCCAUGGAGUCGUUCGGAUGUAUUUCCAGUGUCCUCGGCUGCUCUGCUUGCAUUGCACUGGCUGGGCUUGUGUUUGCUGCCUCCAAACUCGGUUUCAUUUACCAGUUGUUUCACAAGACAGAAACGAAGAGCCCUCGUCAUGGAGGGGAGAGUGUUGCAGAGGUCCUCCGUGCACAUGGAAUCAAGUUUGUUUUCACCCUUGUUGGCGGGCACAUCUCCCCCAUCCUGGUUGCCUGCGAGAAGGUUGGCAUCCGUGUUGUCGACACCAGACAUGAAGCCACAGCUGUCUUUGCUGCUGAUGCUGUAGCACGGCUCUCAGGUACUAUCGGUGUAGCAGCGGUGACUGCUGGCCCAGGCCUGACGAACACAGUGACAGCUGUGAAGAAUGCUCAGAUGGCUGAAUCCCCACUGCUGCUUUUGGGAGGAGCUGCUGGUACAUUACUGCAGGGUAGAGGAGCGCUGCAGGAUAUCGACCAGAUGUCUCUUUUCAAGCCACUUUGUAAAUUCUGUGCCUCUAUCCGGAAAGUCCGGGAGAUCGUGCCUACGCUCAGGAAGGCCCUGGCAAUAGCUCAGUCAGGAACGCCUGGUCCCGUUUUCAUCGAGUUUCCCAUUGAUACGCUGUACCCCUACCACCUGGUGUCCAAAGAGUUCGCUGUUAAGAACCCUCCCAAAGGGCUGAUGGGGAAAAUGGUUUCAUGGUACCUCAAUAACCACCUCAUGAACCUUUUUGCUGGAGCCUGGGAGACCAGAGACGUUUCCCCACUUCCCGUUCACAUUCCUCAAGCCACAGAUGAUCAGGUGCAAAGGUGUGUAGAGCUAGUGAGUCGCGCCAAGAAACCAGUCAUUCUGCUAGGGAGCCAAGCCACACUUCCUCCAACACCAGUGGAAGACAUCAGGAAGGCUUUGGAGGAUCUUGGCACCCCCUGCUUUCUUGGAGGCAUGUCUCGAGGCAUGCUGGGAAAAGACAGCCCCAUCCACAUUCGACAGAACAGGCGGGAUGCUCUCAAGGAGGCCGACCUGGUUCUCCUUGCAGGCACAGUAUGUGACUUCAGAUUGAGCUACGGCAGAGUUCUCAGCAGGAGGAGCAAGGUCAUCGCUGUCAACAGAGACAAGUCCCAGCUGCUGAAAAACUCUGACAUGUUCUGGAAACCAACUAUAGCAAUUCAGGGUGACGCUGGGUCUUUCAUUGUCCGUCUCUCCAAGGGGCUGAAGGGCCAUCGCUGUCCUGAAGAAUGGCCUCAGAGCCUUAAAGCUGGAGAUUAUACCAAAGAAAAGACAAACAGAGCUAAAGCUGAUGAGAAGACGGAGCACCACCUAAAUCCCUUAAAAGUCCUCCACUGUGUGGAUGAGCUGAUGGCAGAGGACAGCAUCAUUGUAGCAGAUGGUGGGGAUUUUGUAGGCAGUGCUGCUUAUAUAAUGAGACCAAGAGGACCUCUGCGUUGGUUAGAUCCAGGAGCCUUUGGGACUCUGGGAGUUGGGGGAGGUUUUGCUUUGGGAGCAAAAUUAUGUCGUCCUGAAUCUGAGGUGUGGAUAGUAUAUGGAGACGGCUCCCUGGGCUACAGUGUUGCAGAGUAUGACACGUUUACACGGCACAAGACGCCAGUUAUAUCUGUGGUUGGGAACGAUGCGUGUUGGAGUCAGAUAUCCAGAGAGCAGGUCCCCAUCCUUGGCAGUAAUGUUGCAUGUGGCCUUGCUUUUACAGAUUAUCACAUAGUGGCCGAUGGCUAUGGCGGUAAGGGCUACCUUGUUGGACGGGAAAACGAGGACCAGCUAACGAGCCUCAUCAAACAGGCUCAAAAGGACGCCAAAGAGGGCAAGGCUGCACUUCUCAAUGUUUUGAUUGGGAAGACUAAUUUCAGAGAAGGCUCCAUCUCUGUGUAGAGCCUCUAAGUAUAGAAGGCCGUCAGAUAAUCUUUGUAUUUUAACUUUGGAUUCCAUACAUUUUACUCUGAUCAAUGAGGGAUUUCAAAUUAAUUUGGAAUUGCACUAAUUUAGCCAUGUCUACUUCAAAGCUUUUGAUCAUCCAUU